AUGGUAAAAGUCAAUGCCAAGAACGAUGGUGCCCUCUCGCGGCAUUGCAGGAGCUGCAUCUGGUUAAGGAUGACCCGCCAUUCAGCUUUUAUAACCGUGCCGGAAGGACGAUCAGCAGGACUAACAUUCUGGUCAUUUUUUGUGUUUGAUGCAACUGCACUAACAGUUCUCGUGUCGAUAGAGACGCUGGAGCAGUUCCUUGUCAAGGUCGGCGUGGUCCGAGGAUCUAGCACCGGCGGCCAGGCACCUGUGCCAGUCGGCUUAGUCCAUGGACAGAUGAACCCCGCGCAGCAGGAGCACCAGCUUGGCCGAAUGAUGUACCCGAUGGCACUAGCCAACAUCAUGUUCCAGGUGAUGGGCGACGACAUGGGGUUUGUCCCCAACGGGUACGUAGUGAUUUUCGUGGUGCCGCCAUCACCACCUCGUCAAGGCAGUGUGGGUAUUGUGAGCCACGGGUUGUCGGACGGGAGGAGCGCCAUGACUAAAGCUGACAUGAUGAACUACAUGGGCGACAGAGCGAUGAUGGAGAACGGCGGCGCCCGGAAACACGGUGCCCCGGAUGAUCAGUCCUGCAAGAGGAGUAUCGAGCGUUGCCACCGCCGCAUGAUCAAGAACCGCGAGUCAGCCACACGAUCGUGUGCCAGGAAGCAGGCUUAUACCGUGGAGCUUGAAGCUGAACUGAACCACCUCAAGGAGGAGAAUGCACGUCUGAAAGCUGAGGAGAAGAAAAUUCUGCUGACCAAGAAACAAAUGCUGGUGGAGAAGAUGAUAGAACAGUCCAAGGAGAACGUGAACGCCAAGAAGGGCGGCACCCUCUCACGGUGCUGCGGCAACUGCAUCUGGUAUAUGGGUUUGUCAGAACUUCAGACAAAUGGAACAAAAGAAAACUAG